AUGAUGUACGUAUCGGAGGCUUGGGCAACACCAUCUGCGGUGAUGGAGUGGCUUGACUGCACGGAACGAAAGCUGCUUAGACGGCUGCUUGGCUACUUUUGGCCCGGGGUAUGCCACAAUGUGGAUCUUUACGCGGAAAUUGAUGUGGUAUUCCGGCGGAUGACAUGUGGAGGACAUCAACAUCUUGCACCGCCAUCGAAAGCGGCUGAGAGGAUAGGAAUAGUGGAGGAAACAAAAUUAGAACCAACAUUCGAAGAAGGUAUCAAGAAAGUUGAAGCGUAUAGACUCGCUGUUGAUAGUGCUUUGGAUGGGUUAGAAGCAAUGAUGCAGCCAAACCGCAGCGUGGUCGAAAGUGGAGCAAUUAUGGCUCCAGCAGGACAGAACCCUCAUGAACUUAUGUAUGCAGCAUGCUUGAAGCUGAAACAGUUUUUAGACACCAACGGCCAGGCUCGUCUAGAUAUAGUAAUGACGACAAUGGGUAAGCUGGCGGAGCAGGAACGUUUUUCUCAGACAAAAGGGCGAGCGGCAGUGCGGAGAAUUCGGCGCUUCGUUACUGUGGAUAAUCAACAAAUGAAGGAAGAUAUGGCAAAAAUGAGAAGCGGUUUGGAAAUAAUGGAUGUUGCUAGGCACGAGGUGAAAAAUUCUAAAACAAAAGAAGAACUUGAAGAAAAAGGAAUGGCAUAUCAUAAGUCUGUAAAGGCAUUCAACGAACAAGCAUCUAAGAUCCAGCUUGUUAUCGAUGAGCUUACGGCUACUAUUUUUACAAACCAAAGAGAGAUAGUGAAGUUCUUUAUUCAACGUGAGAAAUUUCAUUCGACGGCAGCAGGACUUUUAAAAGAAGCUAUUGACAAAUUAAAGAAGAAGUGA